AUGACCUUUCCAGACUCAAACGUAACCAACUUCAUCUCCAAAAGGGCUCGUGCCAGAGCCAUUGACCCCGCCUUUAACUCCGUAGGAUUCGGUAAAGCCCACGAUAAGGGCGUCGCUCCCAUUAACUUGGGUUAUGGAAUGCCAGAUCAGUCUUUUUUUCCCAUCAAAAGCCUCCAGGUCAACCUCCAAGACUCUUCUUUUGAAGUACCCAGAGAAACUGCCAAUAGACAGGAAAUUGAUCUGAAAACUGGCUUGCAAUACGCUAGUCCGUACGGACAUCCGUCCUUGUUGAAAUAUACAAGAGAAAUCAUUGAAAGGAUUCAUUCUCCCGCCAAUGACAGAUGGGAUACCGUUAUCACUGCAGGGGGCGCAAAUGGAAUUGACAAAUGUUUUGAUCUCUUGUUGGACGAAGGUGAUACUGUUUUGAUUGAAGAGUACACGUUUGUGCCAAUUUUAGGCAGUGUCAAAAACAUCGGUGCAACUGUGGUUCCCUUGAAAUUUGACUUCCAAUCACAAUCCGGUCUGGAUAUUGAAUACUUGGCCUACGUUUUGGAAAAUUGGGAAUCAUUAUACCCUGGGAAACGUUUCCCCAAAGUACUUUAUACCAUUCCUAAUGGACAAAACCCUACAGGAUUUGUCACUGAUUUGAAAUCAAAGCAGAAAAUUUACGAUAUAUGUGUGCAGAAUGAUAUUUUCAUUAUUGAAGAUGAUCCUUAUGGUUACCUGGAGUUAGCUACCGAUAAACCGUUCGAUGAUGUGGAAGAAUACCUCAAAUCUCUUCCUACGUCUUACCUCUCCGUUGACAAACACUCUAGGGUGUUGAGAAUUGAAUCUUUCAGCAAAGUCUUUGCCCCCGGUUCCAGAUUGGGAUUUAUAGUAGCUCACAAAGACUUUAUUGAACCUAUCACGAACUACUCUGUACUGGCCACUGGUUUCCCCAGUGGGCCAUCUCAGAUCUUGAUCAACAAUACCAUCACUGCACUUGGAGGUCUUGAUGGAUGGUUUAAGUGGGCUAUCAAGGUUAGAAACGAGUACUGGUCUAGAAAGCAAGCUGCCAUGAAACAGCUAUUGCAAUCCUCCUGUGCGAAGAAAGACCAGCUCAUCGUAUUUGAGCCCAAAGCAGGGAUGUUCAUUUCUGUCUCUCUUAAUUUCCCACCAGGUUCGAAUUGUCUGGAACUAAUGAGUAAACUCAGUGAGAAAACUGCACAACAUGGGGUCACCGUUGUUCCCUACCAGACAUUAUCCCCGAUCCCUGACUUUACGAAGGAUAACUGCCAUUAUGUCAGGUUGACCAUUGCAUCUGCUAUUGACCAUGGCCAAUUGAAAGAAGCAUUCAGGCGGUUCACGUCUGCCGUAGAGGACUUGUUCCAAGACCUUGAAUCCAGCUAG